CUGAAUUCAAGCUGGUAGUGAAGGUGCUGGAUUUGUCCCCCCCUACGCCCCAAACCGGACACAGUAUGGCGGCAGGAGUAGCGGCAUGGCUUCCCUUUGCCCGGGCGGCAGCUAUCGGGUGGAUGCCCGUGGCCAAUUUGCCCAUGCCAGUGGCGCCUGCUGAGAAGACCAAGCGGCGGGAGGAGCUUAUCAUUCUUAAUGUUAGUGGACGGCGCUUCCAGACAUGGAGGAACACGUUGGACCGCUAUCCGGACACCCUGCUGGGCAGCUCAGAGAAGGAGUUCUUCUACAACGAGGAGACCAAAGAGUACUUCUUUGACCGGGACCCUGACUUGUUCCGCAGUGUGCUCAACUUCUACCGCACUGGCAAGCUCCACUACCCACGCUACGAGUGCAUCGCCUCCUAUGAUGAGGAGCUGGCGUUCUUUGGCAUUCAGCCAGAGAUCAUUGGUGACUGCUGCUAUGAAGAGUACAAGGACAGGAAGAGGGAGAACGCAGAACGUCUGAUGGAUGACCAGGAGGACAACAAGGACAACAAGCCGCCCAACAUGACCUGCAGGGAGACCAUGUGGCGGGCUUUUGAGAACCCCCACACUUCCACCAUGGCCCUAGUCUUCUACUAUGUCACAGGCUUCUUCAUCGCUGUUUCUGUCAUCACAAAUGUUGUGGAGACAGUCCCCUGCGGCUUGGUACCCAACCAGAAGGAGGUUCCAUGUGGCGUACGCUACACUGUGGCCUUUUUCUGCAUGGACACGGCCUGCGUUAUGAUUUUCACCGUGGAGUACCUGAUGCGCUUGUUUGCUGCGCCCAGCCGCUACCGAUUCAUGAGGUCGGUCAUGAGCAUCAUUGAUGUGGUGGCAAUCUUGCCCUAUUACAUUGGCCUGGUGAUGACUGACAAUGAGGAUGUGAGCGGCGCUUUCGUGACCCUCCGAGUUUUCCGCGUGUUCCGUAUCUUUAAGUUCUCCCGUCACUCGCAGGGCCUGCGCAUCCUGGGCUACACGCUGAAGAGCUGUGCCUCCGAGCUGGGCUUCCUGCUCUUCUCCCUCACUAUGGCCAUAAUUAUCUUUGCUACGGUUAUGUUCUACGCAGAGAAGGGUUCAACCUCCAGCAAAUUCACCAGCAUCCCAGCCUCCUUCUGGUACACCAUUGUUACUAUGACAACGCUCGGGUAA